AUGGAAAUGACAAUGCCUGUUAGUUUAAGGAACAAGCUUAAGAGUCUUUGUGAUUAUGGUGACGGUUGGUCUUAUGCUAUUAUGUGGCGGUUUCAUCAAACAAAUCCUAUGUUGUUGAAUGUGGAAGAAGCAUAUUAUGAGGAAGAAUUAAGAGAAGAGAUUCAAAACAUGGUUCCUCUAGUGCAUUUGCUUGGUGAAGGAAUUGUUGGUGAAGCUGCUUUCACAGGAAAGUACAGUUGGUUACAUUCAGUUAGUUAUGAGAAUGAUUUUUGUAUGUAUCAACAAUUCAACUCUGGAAUAAUUAAGACAAUUGUGGCUAUACCUGUCAAACCAUUUGGGGUGGCACAGUUUGGAUCAAGAAAGAAGGUUUUGGAGAGAAUGGAUUUUUUGGAUCAAACACAGAUUUUGCUCGAGGAGAUAGAUGAAAUCGGGUUAUUAAACGACUCAGAAAAUGCAGUUUUAUCGAGCGAGGAUAUCAACGGAUUGCUAGCUUCGUUUUCUUCUGAAAAUUCAUGUGAUUGGAAUCUCAAAUCUGCUAACGAUGAAAACUAUAAAGAUCUGAGAGAAGUUUUUUCUUCUUGUGAAGAAAGGGUCACAUCGCUAGAAUUUGAGGAAAAUUCUUGUUUUGAUUCAUUGUUGCAACAGUUUGUAUCUGAAACAAUGGCACAAGAAGUUCAUGAUUCAUCAUUGGCCUCAUUGCAGAAUAUAGACGGAGUUUCGUUUCGAGAAAAUAUACAAAAUUCUAUGGUUAAUGUUGUGACAGAAGUUGAUUUACCAUCAAGUUCACAUACACUGAAUGGAAUAAUCUGUAAUAGUUUAGAGCCGGUUGAUAUGUUGGAAGAGUUUUUGAAGUUCGGCUCCGUGGAUGAUCUUUGCGAAUGGUUCGCUCCUUCUCCUGACGAGACUACUAUCUGCAAAACAAUGAUUCAAUUGGAAAAAACCCUUUCCGAACCAAUAGAGUUUAAUCAUCCUAUUCGCGCUGAUCUUGGCCUGGCCGAGAAAGAAACAUCGGUAGUAAUACAUAGUUCUGAGAACGAUUUCUUGGACAACACGGAGUUUGAUUUGGGAAGUGAUCAAGGUAGUGAGUUGUGGGGGAAUUUACUUACACCAAUGGUGAAUGCUGCUGGGACUGAUAAUAUCGCCUUUUCUGAAUGUGUAUCCGAGUUAAAUGCCGGUGCACCGACCGAUAGUACUCGGAAGAGGCUAUUCGCAGAGUUAGGCAUUGAAGAGCUUUUGAGAGGCGAAGCGAAUUACAACAAUCCUUUUAGCAGUUCUAAUUUCGAAAAUGCGUUAUCGUCUAACAAAAAACAGAUGGUAGAGUUUUCGCCUACGAACAGAACUCAAGUUCAUUUCGCAAACCUUAUCGGAUCAAACUUGAUGCAUCCUGUUUCUGACUUGGAAGAGUCGAAAAGUGUUUUAACUAAGAAAGAUACAUUCUCAAAACUACAAGUUGGAAUAUCGGUUAAUGACCGAAACCGCAUCAAUGUCAAGAGGGCCGUUCCAGCACACGCGAAAAGGCUUGAACAGCCUGCAAAGCACACCAAGAAGAAGGCUAAACCGGGGGAAAGCACUCGUCGGCCAAAAGAUCGGCAGCAGAUUCAAGACUGUAUUAAAGAGUUGAGAGGAAUCAUCCCUCAUGGUGGAAAGUGUAGCAUCGAUUCGUUGUUAGACCGCACGAUCCGAUACAUGCUUUUCUUAGGCAGUGUUAUUAAAUAUGCAGACAAAUUACAAGAGCCUAAUGAACCAAAGCUUAUUGAUCAAGCAAAUGGAGUGAUUCCAAAAGACAAAAACCAUGGUGCCACAUGGGCGUUUGAAGUAUCAAACCCAACAAUGUUAUGUCCAAUUAUAGUCGAGGACAUGAAUCCGCCUGGCCAAAUGCUUAUCGAGAUGCUUUGCGAGGAUCAAGGUUUCUUUGAAAUAGUCGACAUUAUUAGAGGUUUCGGGCUGAAUAUCUUGAAAGCGAAGAUGAAUUUACGGAAGAAUAAACUAUGGGCGCGCUUUAUUGUCGAGGCAAAUAGACAUGUGACAAGGAUAGAUGUGUUUUGGUCCCUUCUCCAUCUUCUUCAACAACCAAACAGCGUCGGAAUCGAUUCUUCGAACAAGCAUAGCAAUGUUAUUGAUGCAAACGUCGCGUAA